GAGAGGAAUACCCAGCUGGUCCCAAAAGCCCUAUAUAUAUUACCAAGCACAACAUGCUUCACCUUCGAUGAAAGCUGAGAAGGGGAACGAUUGGCUGUAGAUCCUAAGAUCAGCCCAGAUCUUAGAUACAAAACCAAGAGCUGCCCUCGUGAAUUACUACUUAAGACUAACCAACUGUGAGGUAGGACCAUUUAGCAAACGGAGUGCAUAGCCUGUAACGAUUUGAUAAAGUAACCUACGAUUUGGUCAGUCUUAUCUUAAAACUGAGGUUUCAGGGAGAAUCUGGAUAAGUGGUAUUCACUUAUUCCUUCACCGAUUACAUAAUUUUUUUACUGGACUCGCCAGGUGAUGCUAUUCGUUUUCAAAUAUAGGACCACUUCGGACACGGGCACCAAGGGACAACUUUUUACCAGCAAGUUCGUUUGAAAGUCCCCGCUCACGGCGAAUCAUGGCUCUCUAUUCUCCUGCAUUUGUGUUGUUUGUUGGAUGGAGCUAUCUAUGCGGUGGAUAUUGCGCGAUAUUGAAAGACCAUUUCGUUGGUUUGAAAAGAAAAGUGGAAUCCGGACAUUAUGUGGCGAUCCAGGGGAAAGACCACUCAAUGAAAGACAACCACGACCUGAUUUUACAGGAUACAGUGACGGAACAUAUGCAGAUGCUGUACACGAAAUACAACCAAGCAGGAUUUCCUUUCAAGGAUGGAAAUACUGUCCGAAGUUUUAAAGCGCACUGGGGUACCAUCAACAGUAAGCAGCUGCAGAUCUUCAAUCUAACUUCUCUCACAAAGUCGGAAGACGUGCUAUCGGCCACUCUCCACUAUUACAUUGGAGACUUGACGAAUACCACCCACGGGUGCAACAGGCCGAAGUCUUGCGUGCGCCACGGAGCCAGGAGGAACGGACAUGUCCAAAUGGGCAUCUGGAGUUUUGCCUCUGUGGAUAACCAUACCAGAACUCUGGGGCACUGUCUCAUCAACGUGUCUACGAUGUACCGGGACUUCAUAUCCUGGCAGUGGAAAGACAUAACGCGGGUGGUAAACCAGGCCAAACACCACGACGAACUGCUUAUUGGAAUUGACGUCUCUUCUCAAGGGCCCAGAGCCUGGAAGAGGCUUCUAUCCGACCGCUCGCCGUACAUCCUGGUUUAUGCCAACGAUUCAGCUAUAUCGGAACCCGAGAGCGUCGUUUCAACAUUACAGAGGCAUCAUAGCAUAGGAGGAGAGGGGUCGUUAGCAUCGGGCUUCCACAGACUGGGGCUGCACGCGCGCAAUAACAACACUGAGCCAAAGCCUGGUCACCGGAGAAGGCGAUCCGUUAACGUACUGCUCCCUUUACAAAACAACGAACUACCGGGACCCGAAUACCCUUACGAGACUACUGGCUGGGACGAAGCCAGCCCUUACGAACCACUAGAAGACAAACAAGCAAGGCGGCCUCGGAAAAAGACGCGCAAGAACCAGCGGCAUAAGAUGCCUCUUUUGCAGUUCGACGAGCAGACGAUUAAAAAGGCGCGAAAGAAGCAGUGGAACGAGCCACGGAACUGCGCGCGGAGGUACCUGAAGGUGGACUUCGCCGACAUCGGCUGGAGUGAAUGGAUUAUCUCCCCCAAGUCUUUUGACGCCUACUACUGCUCAGGCUCGUGUCAGUUCCCCAUGCCCAAGUCCCUGAAGCCCUCCAACCACGCCACCAUCCAGAGCAUCGUGCGGGCGGUGGGGGUGGUCCCUGGGAUCCCAGAGCCUUGCUGCGUCCCUGACAAGAUGUCCUCUCUCAGCAUCCUGUUCUUCGACGAGGAUAAGAACGUGGUGCUCAAGGUGUACCCCAACAUGACUGUGGACUCCUGCUCUUGCAGAUAAUGCUUUAGUACCACCUGGGUUAGUACACACACACUCUCACCUCGCGGGCACACACUUUCUGCAUCCAUGUACACAAUAUUCUCAAAGUGCCCGCGCUGUACACAACACACUUCGCUUCCUGCCCCCCCCCCCUCCCCAGGAUCUCCCUUUUUGCACUGGAAAAGAACUUGUCUCCUGCUAUUAGAAAUGAAGAUGACAAACUGUAUGCAGGUAGAACUGUCUCCCCUGUGGUCUCUCCUUAAAUAGGAACAGCACCAUUUUUAAUUCCCGACUUUUCUACCACAUCAUUGCAACUUUUUGGUGGUCUUUAUUCCUGGAGGGGUCCUGGGUCAAAUCCACCAUGAUUAUUACACAGUCAGAAAACAAAGCUAAUCGCCUGAUCAACCUGGAGCUGUUUGAGAAAUCACUUUUGUAUAAGAGACUUUGCUGAACUGAAGACUUGAGGGACUCAGAAAUACCCCCUAGUACUGUACAUCCCUUUUCCGUGAAGGGAGAAUAUUCAAGGCCUGAUUUUUUUAAAUGUUAUUUUAUGCCAUCUGUCCUUCGUCACAACAUCAAAGAGUCUUUAUUACCAAAAUGUCAGUCUCCUGUCCACUUGCAUGGUUUUGUUACAAUGUUAUGUUUUAUGUUCGUACUUUGUUACUCACUAUAUACAUGAAAAUCAUUGCAAACUGUUGCCUUGGCUGCUAUAGAGAGAUAUAUUUGAUUCCAAAGCCAGAAAUGUGGUGUAGACUGUAGAGUGUAAACGUGUUUUUACUAUUAAGAUAAUUGCUCAAUUGUACAUAUUGCUACACCCUUGGAGGAUGAUUUAUGACGCCAGAAAAGUAAGCUACUUUUCAUAUGAUGCCUUGGUAAGAAAUGUUUUUAGAAGGUAGAUUUGAGGAGAAAAGCUUGCUCAAUAGUUUCCUCAAUAUACUUAAAAUUCACAAGACCGACUCAGUGAAAAUCAUCUGGCCUAAAUAACUAAACGUCAUCAAGUCUGCAUUCAGAUACUUCGUUAGAUGUUUAGAAUUGAUAAUAUUUUACAUCAUCUGUUUUAUAAAUGCUCCUAUAGUAUGCCUUAUCAUAAUGUUAAUAUUGUUUAAAAUACAAUACAGAUUCAUAUUCAAUUAUAACUGACUUGACAUGAUACAAGUUUAAAAUAAUUGUCUCUCAACCUUGCAGUAUCUUUCAAAGUAAAAUGAUUCCAUCAGAUUCCAGGUUAGAACAUUUCAAAUCCAUGCAUGAUUACAUCUCAAUGAGCUUUUCAUAAUUGAGUGCAAAAUGUUGCUUACUGGGUGAAAGGUAUUGUACAAUUCUACCAAAAAUUACAGAUUUAAGACAAAAAACAGCCAGUGCAUCACUUUGGAUGGAGUAGUCAUGGAAUGAAGUCUGUUAACCAAAUAUUUAUUUAGAAGAAAACUUAGAGGUUAACAUUAGAUUUUUUUUUAUAGAUUUGUACAUUGUUUUUGUAUAUAACGCACUAUAUGUUGAUGAUAUUGUAAUGCUGUCUCUUGAAGAUGCAGUAGAAGUGCCUUGAAAAUCAAUUCAACUUGUGAUAAAGUUUGAGUUCAAAACUGUUUUUAAAGGCCUUAAUCAUAGACAAUUUAUGAAACAGAAAAUUACUGAAUGGAUAGCAGACAAUGUCACAUCAGAGCUAACAAAUGAUCAUACAUUUACUUUUUUAAACUGGAUAUAUUUUGAUAAAUAAGUACGUAUAAGAGUUUUCGGUUAAGAGCAUAUUCUUUUUAUAAUCCUGGUUGUUUAUGAAAAAUAAUCCCAAUAGUA